AUGGUUUUUCCUGACGUAUUCUUAAUAAAAAGAGUGAUUUGGGUGGUCAUUUUUGCAGUCAUUUUCAAGUCAAGAAAUACAUUUAGUAUUGAAAAUUACUAUAAAAAUGAAAUACCAAAUGGUAUGAAAUUUGAUUAUAUAAUUGUUGGUGCGAGUGCAAAUGGAUUAAUAGCAGUAAGAAGUUUACUCGAAAAAUAUUCUAGAAAAGGAGAGGAAAUUAAUAUUUUGGUUGUAGAUAAAGGAAAAGAGUAUAAAGAAAGUGAAUUAACUGAUGAAAAACAAACUAAAGAUAAUAUUAAUGAGAAUAGCAAAAGAUGGAGUUCAAGUUAUAGCCCAAUCAUAGAUAAAAAUGAUAUUAAUAUAUAUACUUCAGAAGAUGGGUAUAAAAUAUUAAGCUCAAAUUUGGAAGGAGGAAAAACAAGUUAUGGAAACACCCCAUUUAUUCCAGAGGAUGUAUACAGUGGAGAUUAUUACAAAUCAUUAGGUUUGAACUUUGAUUUACAAAGAUUACAGGAAUCUUUUGAAUAUGUAAAAAGUGUUGGCGAUAUUGUGCAGCCUAAUGUAAGAACAUCAUGGGUAGUAGCUUUAGAGAGAGCAUUCAAUGAAACUGGAACAUUUUAUGUUGGAGAUACAAAUGGAGAAGAUUUAGCACCAGAAGAUUCAUUAUUUGAAAAUGAAAUGACGGAAAGUGGAUACGUAAGUUCUUUUGAAAUCCAAAAUAGCAAUAUGGGAUGGAAAAUAGACUAUGAGGACGAUUAUCAAGAUCACAUGACUAAUUGGGGAAAUAGAUUGGAGCCCUACAAUAAUAAUGGUGUUUCAGAAUAUUUCACAUCUCCUCACUAUGUCCCAUACACGUUCUUAACUUAUGGAUUUAGGAGAAAUCUUGAAAGAAGAAGUAGUAUAAGACUAUUAAAAGUUAAUCCAAAAUUAGUAAAUGGUAAAAAAGUUUUUAAGAUACUAAAUUUUCAUGUGGACAAGGUAAUAUUUUCAAACUUAAAUAAAGAUAAUAGAGAGAAUGACAAGUUUGCAGAAUGUAUUCAAGGAAGAAAGUUAAUUGAAGAUUAUAAUUCUGAAGAAGUGAAGAAAAAAAUUUACUCAAGAAUUGAGAAAUACUGCCUAAAAUCGGGAAAAGGAAAGAUCAUAUUAUCAGCUGGUGCUCUGAAUACCCCAAUGAUACUUCAGAGAAGUGGAGUUGGUAGUAUGAAAGAUAUUAAGAUAUCAAGCCCUGAGAUAGAAAAUCCAAUAAUAGAGAACGAAUAUAUUGGCAAAGGACUGAGAGACCAUCCAAGUUUGAGCAUAUUUGGUUUUUUCAGGGGAUUAAAUAUGGAUCAUAUACGCAUUCCUAGCUCUGAAGCACUGUUUUCAAAGCGUAAGUUUGGGACUAAAUGCAAAAAACAGGAAGAGAAGGAUGACAUAAUACAAGGUUGUGAGUCUGUGAGUAUUUCAGAAUUUGAGGGAUUUACUAGUAAUAUGAAUGAAAUUUGGGAGGAGCAAAACAUAAUAAGUAAGGAAUGUUUACCACUAAUACGUGGGGUAACUAUUCGAGUACCAAAUCCAUAUAGUGAAGGUGAAGUGAUAUGGGAUGAUAAGAAUAAGAGACCAAAAAUAAGGUUAGGUUUGUUAGAAGAUAUAAAUGAUAUAUUAAUAUUGGAGGCAGGGUUUAGAAGACUCAUUAGGUUGUUUAGGUCUACCAAUAUAUACUCUUUGUUAAUACCAAAUAUUGGUGUUCAGAAAAGGCUGAAUUUGUUUGGUGACCAUACAGAUCGGAAAUUACAACUAUAUUUUACAGACUUUGGUGGUACCCAUAACUAUACAAAUAAUUUGAAAGCUCAGGGACCAGAAAUGAUUUAUCAGAGGUGUAAUUUGGACAAUUUGUCGCUUCAAUAUUCCAAUUAUAACCAAAAUUAUGGGUAUACAAGCGACAAAGAGGUUGAUCUAAAUCGCAGUUUUUAUAAUAUGGAAAUUGAAGAUGAAGAAGAUGAAGAGGACGAAAAAGAAGAAGAGGAAGAAGAGGAAGAAGAAAAAGUUGCUAAUGUACGAAAAAGUCUGGAAAUAUUUGAUAGAAAAGAAGGAAAUUUGCCCAAUUAUCAGAUGGCAAGUAAUACGGGUAGAUUUAGUUAUUUGAAAGAAAUUCAUGAUAGAUUAAGAAUCCAAGGGGAAGGACUACAAUCUUCAUAUUAUGGUAUAAUGCAUAAAUUUGAUAAGUCACGAAAAGAUGAAGAAGAUGAUGAAUUUAUCACGAAAUAUGAUAAAUUAGUUUCAGUAAACAGCAAGAUGGAUUCAAAGUACAGUUUAUUUGGCCUUAGAAAAGGAGAAACUAUCAUUAACGAGAGGGAUAAUAAAGCUAAGAACGAGGAACCGAGUUUAUGGAAAUCUUUGCCAUUUAUUCUUCCAAAACUUCCAAGUUAUCCUGACCAAAUAAGGGAAUAUAUUAAGAAGAAUGUUAAGCCAGGAAAUGAAUUUGUUGGUACAACGGCUAUUGGACAAGUUGUAGAAACUGAUUGUUUUAGAUUGAUUGGCGCUGAAAAUCUAUAUAUAUUGGAUGAAGGAAUACUUAGCAAGCAUACAAGUUCAAGUCCAAUAGGAACAAGUAUGAUAUUAUCUAGAUAUGCAAUUACAAAGAUAAUGGAUGGUAUGUGUUAG